AUGUCCAAAACACUUUCUUUCUGCCCAUGUUGCUCCACCGGCAAACUCUCGAAGCUCAUGCAGUUCCGAAACAACACUUGGAAAUACAAGUGCUCUUCAAGCAAGUGCAGAGCUUGGUUGAAUCCGCAUCACCUUCAUCCCCUUUUCACAGAAGGCAAGGGUUCAACCUCGGCGUCGCUGCAGGCCCAAGCGUCUGUACUCUUACUGCUCCUCGUCCGCAUCCCGCUGUCCACGGUCCAUCUGCUCACUCAUGUGAACCACAAGGCUGUUGAGGACAUGUACCGCAAAAUGUGUGAACUGCGCAGAUACUAUGUCGAGAAGGAGGAGAAGAAGAUCACAUUCGGCACUGGGCAGUCUUGGAAAGACAUUGAGGCGGAUGAAGCCACCUUCAACAAACGUGACAUUAGUGCGUCGGUCGAAUUCAAGCACCUCAUCAAAAGACAAGAAGUCUACUUGGAUGUGGGAGCAAUGGGCGGGCUCAACCCGAAGGUGAGGGUCAAGAAAGCCCCCGGACCGGGCGCAAUUCGCAAGAUCGAGUGGCAGACUCUCGGGAACAAACUUUUGAAGGGCCGGAAAGUGGUUCUACACACGGACUCAGCAAAAUCCUACAAGGCGUACAUCGACGGGGUCAUCCACGACCGAGUAGUUCACUGCAAAAAACGUGUGAAAGCGAAUGGCCGUUUCAAGUGGAUUAAUCCCAAGUACGUAGGAAUCGUUGAGCAUAAAAUUCCUGGCACUCAGAAGAUUUUGAAAUGCAAGUCAGGAACUCAGGUGAUCGACAGAGCGUUGAAAGGUAGGAUCGUCAUAAACCAGAACUGCAAGGCCGGUUCGAAGUUGCUGCGUGCAAAGUUGCGCUCAGUGCAAUAUGAAUACUGGAACAAGAACGCAGAUCUUUGGCUCCAUACCGGAGUGUUGUGUCAGGCUCACAUGCAAAGCAUGCUGGCCGAGUGA